AUGGAUCAGCGCGGUUCCUUCUUUUUCCUCCUGCUCGUUUUCUAUCUUCUUCUCAGUUCGCAAUCGCAUGCCCCGUUGAUUGUUCAGGAUCAGGAACACCAGCGUGAGCUUGCUCGAGAGCGGAAUGCCCUUCGCAUGCUAAAUGAGUCCAAGUAUGGCGAUUUCGACCCCGGAGCGGACCGGUGGCUUCCAUUCCCGGGUACCAGGAAGAACGAUAGCUAUGCGUGGAGUCUUCUUUCGGAUGUGCACGAGAGGGUCCGUUAUCAGCUGCACUCAGCUAUAACUGGCGUUGGAUUAGUACCUCCACCCGCUCUCGGAGAUCCAGAGGCAUCCCCCGCCCUCAACCUAUCGCAACUGCUCCUCCCUGUGUAUCGCAAUGCAACAGGCAAGCUGCGGGGCGACUGGGUACGCCGGCGAAUCGACAAAGAGAUCCCACCGUUAAAUACCACCGCUAUCAUGCUGGAAAAUGAGUACUUCACGCGUGAGUUCAGCCAGAACAUUACUGGUAACGAGGGAACCUUCUAUCUCGACCUACGUGAAGGUGGCGGGGAGGAGCUGCGGCUACGGUCUGGUCAUGUCCGGGAGAUGCGCGCGACUCUGGCGGUGGAAUCUGGUGAUCUCUGGGGGAACACCUGGUACAUUCCGCUCUAUGGGGUGCAUUUCCCCGAAUCUGGAGGGAUCGUAUUGAGCACCACAAGCGAGAAGUUCGGAGGGGUCUUUUCGCUGCCACAUUUGACGCUUACCCGGGACUCGCACGAUCUUGCGCAUCAACUUCUUGUGAAAUCCCUUUCAGACACCGUGUCUGAGAAACGCAAUCGGCCUCCCACACUGUUUCCUUGGUCCUCGCUGGUCGGGACGGAGCAGGUGGAGUUCCCUGCGCCAAAAUGCGAACACAUCGUCUACUUGCAGCAGCACCCGGUUGCAGUAAAUGACUAUCUCGCAGAUAGGCAGGUUAUCGAUCAGAUCGAACAAGAGCUCCGUUAUCCGAUUGGUGCCCCGAUCCCUGCUCCGCCUCUUAUGGUUAUGUCGGCCACCGUUUUCUCUCCAGACUGCGGAUAUAUCCUCGAGUCCAAGGGGACGCCGGACUACCCGCCUAGUGAAGGUCUGCACCUGGUCGGCCCAAAACUAGAGGAAUUUGGCAAGUUUUCUGCCCGCGUAAUAUUCUUGGUUUGUGGGGUCUUCGUGGCACAGAUUGCGCUCCUUCUGCGUCAGAUCAAGGAAGCUUGUACGCCGUCCACCAGAAGCCGGAUCAGUUUCUACACAAUUGCACUCAUGGCCUUUGGGGAUGCUUUUGUUCUGGUCUUCCUUCUGUUGGAACUCUACCCGGCUGUUUCCUUCUUAAUAAUGGCCACUGCGUCAUUCCUUACGUUCCUCUCCGUCAGCUAUAUCGGUAUGAAGUUCAUGAUGGAAAUCUGGGCAGUUCAAGCCCCUGAGCGAAGGGAACAAGAUCGUCGGACAAAUCCUGCGACAGCGCGCCCUGAGACCCUUCCUUUACCCGCUACUGCAGCACGAUUGCGGGACACUGGUGCCACGCCAAUCAUAUUGACACCUGAUCAAGACCCUCCUGCUGAGGAGAUGGAGCCGACACCACCUCGCAACACAACGCCGACGGCCGGGGAAACCAGAAAUGAUGUUGGGGCGAUGUAUGCACGAUUCUACUUUAUCCUGUUUGUGAUGCUUAUUGUCUCCAUCUGGUCCUUCCUGUGGCCGAAUCGGAUGGGGGCAAUCUACGCCCGGACCCUUGGGUUUAUUUACUUGUCGUUCUGGACGCCCCAGAUUUACCGGAACGUCAUGCGAAAUUGUCGAAAGGCCCUUCGUUGGGACUUUGUGGUUGGGCAAAGUUUCCUCCGUUUGUUCCCAUUCAUUUACUUUCUGACGGUACCCGGAAACGUGUUGUUCAUCCGGCCGGACAUGACGACAGCUCUCGCGUUCGCGGGUUGGGUUUGGAUCCAGGUUUGGGUAUUGGCAAGCCAGGACAUUUUGGGUCCGCGGUUCUUUAUCCCUCGUGGUUGGGCGCCUCCCGCUUACGACUAUCAUCCGAUCGUGAGAGAUACCACCGGGUCCGGGGAGGAUCUUGAGUCCGGGGGCGUGCUCCCGAUCGGCGCCCUCAGGGCGGAUGAGAGGGAUGCUUCCACUGACGGAAAGGAUGAAGACAAGUCACGGCCGAACCAGAGAAAGAAAGCGGUGUUUGACUGUGCGAUCUGCAUGCAGGAAAUCGAGGUACCUGUUCUCUCUGCGCCUGGUGCUGCGGGAGGUAGCAGUGUGGCCGAUGGAGCUUCCAGCAUUCUCAGUCGGCGCAUGUACAUGGUGACUCCCUGUCGACACAUUUUUCACAGCACUUGUCUGGAGAGCUGGAUGCGACUGAGACUUCAGUGUCCUAUCUGUCGAGAGUCCAUCCCGCCUGUAUAG